CCCCUCUCCUGCCCCCCACCCCCCGCGGCGCGCGCCGCUCCCGGGGGCUCCGCGCCCCCGAGCCCAGGUCCCUCCCCCUUGGCAGGCGCUCACAAGCCGCGCGGGUUAGCGGGAGCCCCGGAGCUCCGGCGGCCUGUGAGCCGGAGCUGGCAUGGACCCCGAGCGCUGCGCGCCUUUCGCUGUGGGGCCGGCGGCCGGUCCUUACGCGGCCGCGGGCGACGAGGCUCCGGGUCCCCAAGGGACUCCCGAUGCCGCGCCUCACCUGCACCCCGCGCCACCCCGUGGUCCGCGCCUGAGCGGCUUCCCGGCCUGCGGGCCCCUGGAACCCUACCUCCCAGAGCCCGCCAAGCCGCCCGCCAAGUACCUGCAGGACCUCGGGCCCGGCCCGGUGCUCAACGGCGGCCACUUCUACGAGGGCUCCGCGGAAGCUGAAGAGAAGGCCUCCAAAGCUGCCAGCUUCCCCCAGCUGCCAGUGGAUUGCCGAGGGGGUCCUAGAGACGGACCCUCUAAUGUGCAAGGUUCCCCGGGCCCCUGCCUGGCCAGCCUGAGUGUCCCUCUUUCCCCGGGACUCCCUGACUCCAUGGAGUUGGCCAAGAGCAAGAGCAAGAAGCGCCGGAACCGCACAACCUUCAGCACGUUCCAGCUGGAAGAGCUAGAGAAAGUCUUCCAGAAAACCCACUACCCUGAUGUGUAUGCUCGGGAGCAGCUGGCUUUACGAACGGACCUGACGGAGGCCAGGGUACAGGUCUGGUUCCAGAACCGAAGAGCCAAGUGGCGGAAGCGUGAGCGGUAUGGGAAGAUGCAGGAGGGGCGGAACCCCUUCACUACGGCCUAUGACAUCUCUGUGCUGCCCAGAACUGACAGCCAUCCUCAGCUACAAAACUCCCUGUGGCCCAGUCCAGGAUCUGGGAGCCCAGGGGGGCCCUGCCUCAUGUCUCCAGAGGGCAUCCCCUCUCCAUGCAUGUCCCCAUACUCCCACUCCCAUGGAAAUGUGGCUGGCUUCAUGGGGGUGCCAGCCUCCCCUGCAGCCCACCCUGGGAUCUAUUCUAUCCAUGGCUUUCCUCCUGCCCUGGGAGGGCACAGCUUUGAGCCCUCUCCGGAUGGUGACUACAAGUCCCCAAGCCUCGUCUCGCUCAGGAUGAAGCCCAAAGAGCCCCCUGGCCUGCUGAACUGGACCACGUGAUGGGUUACAUGGACACGGACUGAGCUGUCCGCUUCUCUUCCUGCUCUGGCCUGCUCCUAGCCCAUCUCUCUACCUGGACACCAAACAGCAAAGCCUUUUACCUCUGUAACCUGGGUGGUUCCAGAAGCUUGGGGGAGGAGCUGGGGCCCUCAGCUCCUGCAGGGAACGGGCUACAGGGUCUUAGCUCUUCAAAUAGGUGGGGCUGCCUAGGAGAGAGGGACUUCAAAGCAGGCAGGACUCUUCCUUAUAAAAUGGGUCCCCUCAUUUAAAUUGGGCUGGAGAAAAGGUGACAGAUGCCCCCUGUUUUCAGAAGACUGUUUCUAAGUCCAGGGAGCCCAGGAAGAUGGGAGGAGGACCCAACAGGGAGGAGCUCUCUGCGGUUCUUAGGGUUGACCUCACUUUUGCCUUCUUACCACCAGGGGGCGGUACGCUCAACUCCUGGGACUAACAGGAUCCCAGAAGGUGAAGAUCAGCUCAUUAAUAGGUGGGAGUUCUCCUCUAGUUCAAACAUCCCUAACUUCUACCCUGUGCCAAUCUACCGAGAUACUAUAAAGUCAUUUUCUCCAAGUAGGGAGAAGAAAUUCCACCAAACAUUAAAUAUUUGGAUUUGCUUUCAUGGGAUCAGGGAUAUGCCAUGAAAACCAUACUGGCCGUCGACCAAAAUAAAAAAAAAAUGUUUUUUCCAGUCUCUGAGCCCCCGAGACCCAGUCCCCAAUCUUUGUAAAGAUACUUUUGUUUUGUUGUAGUGUGCUGCCCAGCGCAGUAAUAAACACAGUGGUGUUUUUCAUUCUAGGCUGUCUAUCCCCAGGGUGUGGUCCUCAGUUGCUUUAGGGCUAAGUUGUAUAUAGGACCUAGGUUGGGCCAAACUCUCCUGUGGGGACAGCAAGAACCCAGAAGCCUAUAAUAAAAGGUGUGGAGUCAGUGUAGAACCCUCAAGGUCAAAGUAUGCCGUGCCUGGCUCUGUCACCUGCAUAAGCUCCUUGGCUUUGGCAGGUCCUCAGAGCCUCUAGUGUGGGGCUUAUUUGGCAGGGAAAUUUGAGGGUGGGAAUGAGAGUAAGCUUGUGGUUGAGCUGACCACGGAGAGAAUGGAGGGGCAGGGAUCGUAUGGAGGUUUUGAGUGCCUGUGGGCUGGGACCCCAAGUGCUGGGGGGUGGGGCAGCUGUCUCCUCCCAGAUGCCCCAGAGAGCAUGUCUGAGCUCUGGGGGCAGAGACGAAAGCCAGAACUCUUUCUUGUGGUUUUAGAGUAUUACCCAUUCUCUCCCUCAUCCCCACUUUCUGCCUUAUCUCUGGAGCCUGGAAGGCAGGCAAAAAGCAGGCCUGGCCCUCCCACCCUCCC